AUGGGUGCCCUUAAAUAUGUGGAAGAACUUCAGAAGAAGAAGCAGUCCGAUGUGAUGCGCUUCCUCCUUCGCGUCCGAUGCUGGGAGACCUGGACCGAGUUUGUCGACAACGAUCCAACGAGGACCAUGGCCGAAGAGGAAUCCGCUUCAAUUCUUCGUCAACUCAAUGUCAUCCACCGCGCCUCCCGCCCAUCUCGCCCCGACAAGGCCCGUCGUCUCGGAUACAAGGCCAAGCAGGGCUACGUUAUCUACCGCAUCCGUGUGAGACGCGGUGGCCGCAAGAGAACUGCUCGCAAGGGAGCUACCUACGGCAAACCUACCAACCAGGGUAUCAACCAACUCAAGUACCAGAGAUCCCUCAAGUCCACCGCUGAAGAGCGUGUUGGCAAGCGAUGCGCCAACUUGCGUGUCCUCAACUCCUACUGGAUCAACCAGGACUCCACCUACAAGUACUACGAAAUCAUCCUCGUCGACCCUCAGCACAAGGCCAUCCGCAAGGAUCCCCGCAUCAACUGGAUCGUCAAUCCUGUCCACAAGCACCGCGAAUCCCGUGGUCUCACUGCCACCGGCAAGAAGUCCCGUGGUCUCAACAAGGGCCACGGCUACAACAAGACUACCGCCGGCAGACGGAAGACCUGGAAACGACUCAACACCCAGAACUUCUGGAGAUACCGUUAA